AUGUGUGAAGAACAUUUUAGCAAAACCACGAGGCGAAGUAAUGACGGUCGUUUUAUUGUGUCUAUUCCUUUCAAGGAUGAUAUAAGCAAACUCGGCGACUCCCGAGAACAUGCUGAAAAAAGAUUUUUGAGUUUAGAAAGGAAACUUGAGGCAAAUCCUCAGUUUAAAGAAAUGUAUAAGGCAUUCAUAUUAGAAUACCAAUCUUUAGGUCACAUGACAAAGUUGGAUGGAGUAAGUUACAGCGACAAUGUUUAUUAUAUGCCUCAUCAUGGCAUUUUACGCGAAAACAGUUUGACAACUAAAUUGCGAGUAGUUUUUGAUGCUUCUGCGCCAUCAACUACGGGUUACUCACUAAAUAACUUACAAAUGUUAGGGCCAGUCGUGCAAAAUGAUUUGAUGUCAAUCAUUUUAAGAUUUAGAACUUACCGUUUUGUUCUAUGCGGAGAUGUCGAAAAAAUGUAUCGACAAGUUUUAGUCGAAAAAGAGCAGCAGUGUUUGCAGCGCAUUUUAUGGAGAGAUGACCCUUCUCUGCCAUUAGCCACUUACGAACUCAAAACAGUAACGUACGGGACAAAAUCCGCGCCAUAUCUAGCAACGAGGUGCAUCAAAGAAUUGUCUAUACAACAUCAAGUUUCAGAUCCCGACGCUUCGGAAAUAAUCUUGAACUGUUUCUAUGUCGAUGACAUGUUAAUGGGUGCCAACAGUAUUGAUAGUGCGGUAAAGUUAGGCAAUGAUGUUUUCAAAAUUUUGAAGAGCGGAGGAUUUGAAUUACGAAAGUGGAGUUCUAACAGUGAUGAAAUUUUGCGAAAAAUGAAUGUCUCAACGUUGGAAACUGACUCGUUGGUGAUAAAUAGAACAGAAUGUUUUAAAGCACUUGGUCUAUCCUGGAAUAAAAAAUCUGAUACGUUCAAUUUUGAAGUGUCACCGAGUGAGGAUCAUGAUAAGGUCUCAAAACGGUCAAUUUUGUCGGACAUAAGUCAAUUGUUUGAUCCCAUGGGAUUAGUCAGUCCGUGUGUUAUUAUAGCUAAAGUAUUGCUUCAGAAAUUAUGGCUAGAAAAAAUAGACUGGGACUCAGCACUAUCGCCAGAAUUAGGAAAACAAUGGCUCAAACUGAAAAAUAGUUUAAUGGAAUUGAAUAAGAUACAAAUUAAUCGCAAGGUUAUUUGUGAUGAUGCUAUGAAAGUUGAAUUACACGGAUUUUCUGACGCGAGUGCAGAAGCAUACGGAGCAGCAAUAUAUGUGAGAUCUAUAGACACGAAUGGAAAAAUUCACGUUUCCUUAUUAUGCGCAAAGUCAAGGGUGGCUCCGCUAAAAACAAUUAGUAUUCCAAGGUUGGAAUUAUGCGGUGCAUUGAUUUUGGCCAAGUUAAUUUACAAGGUUGUGAAUUCGGUUAAAAUAGUCUUUGAUACCAUUUACUGCUGGACCGAUUCCAAAGUAGUUCUUGGAUGGCUCAAAACCAUACCAAAUUUAUUGAAGACUUUUGUGGCAAAUAGAGUGUCUGAAAUACAAAAUUUAGAAACUCAAAACCUAUGUCAGUGGCGACACGUGCCAACUAAAGUGAACCCUGCGGAUAUUUUAUCUCGAGGAAUGUACCCUAAGGACUUAACGGUGAAUAGUUUGUGGUGGGCAGGGCCUCCUUUCCUAUUGAAUGAUGAAUCAGAAUGGCGCGGAAACGGCAUCAGUCGCGAUAUCAGUGUUCGGUUCCAAUAA